GUAUUUGAAAUUUAUUUAUAAAUAUUAUAAUAUGCAAAGUUUCCACCCACGUCGACGGUGUCACUCCACUCAACACUGAGCCAACAUAGCCAACUGUGUGUGAAGGCUAAUUAAGACUUUGACUUUAAGUUUAGGCUUCUCUUUCUAACCUUUUUGCUCUACAGUCUUACCAACCACUAUUUUUAUUGCGUAUAUUGAUACUACCGACACUAUAAAUUAUUUUCGUCUACUCAUGAUUCAUCUGUCAUUCAAUCAGUGAUUCACAUUCACAGGUAAAAAUAUUACUAUUACAAUAAUAAUAACUUUGAAAAACAUUCUCCGACUGGAUGACUAAAUGAUUAUGAAACCUUUAACUUUUAACGACCCUCAAAGAACUCAAAGUCAAAGUAAGUAAUAACAGUAGUAAGUAAAUUUAAGUAAAAUUUAGAUACUACUUUUUCCCUUGGGCUUGGGUGCUGCUCUUUUCUCUACUAAAGGAGCAGUCAAUGAGCUAGUGCCACCCAGUAGACUAAACUGCCCACCCCACCUACACCUCUCUGUCCUCUUCUGCUUCUGGCCUCUCAGGUUUCUGGACUCGCAUCUCUUUGGUUCCUGGAAUCCACCUCUCUUUGGUUCAUGGAAUCACCUCUUUUUAUACUGUCAGUGUCCCUAUAACAUUUCAGAAAUUCAUGAGCAAUUGGAAUUGUUAUAGAAUUCAUGCUGAUUUUGAUCUGAUUCAUUCAUAAUCUUAUUCAUAGUCAUAGUAAUUAGACUUUCAUUUCAUAGAUUAUAUGGUAAAUGUUCUAAUAAAUUUAUUAAGUAUUGCCAGCUAAUAAGUUUGAAGUGUAAUCCUCCUGGUGAGAAUAGGCAUAGGCUUAGCCUAUGCCGCAUAGGGAGAUGUGACAUUAAUUUAGUUACUUAAGUAAAUAUUUUCAUAAGUUUGUGUUGAUGAGAAAUUCUUUAAUGAUUAAUGACAAGGAAAAUGUGCAUUUCUAUUGUAACUGAGGAACCAUCAUUGAUUGGUGGCAACCUUUGUUGGUUUGUUGCUUAUUUAACACACACACAAUAGUAUCUUAUUAUUAUUAUCUUGUCAUUGCAAACAUAUCUUUAUUUUUUUAAAAUCUCAAUCAAAGAUUGCCUGCACUGCACAAGAAAUUAAAUUUAAACACUCAGUUGUUAUUAAGUUGACCAUACUGGUUUUUUAUAUAUUUUUGUACAGUUAAUUUUUUGCACAGCUUAUUUAUAAGAAACUUUUGUAUAUAAAUACAUUCAGUGAUUUUGGAGGAGAAAUUGCUGCUUAUAAUUUUAACUCUAUGAAAACUGAAACAGUCUGCUCAUUCAUUCAUUAACCUACCAAAUUGUAUAAUAUACUUGCCAGGCUUUUAGUUUUAGUUAGCAUUAUGACAAUGAGCACAAGUGAAUUAGAGAAAUUGGAUAUAAUGAUUUAUAAAUUUAUUCUGGCUAUUUACAAAUAUAUUUGUAUCCCUUUUUUGUUUUAAAAAAUCAUAGAUACCAGUAACUAAAUUCAGCAAAAAUGUGUCUUACUUAAAAGUUAACUCAAGCUGAAAUCAUGACUACAGAUCAAGUUAAAAGACAAAGCAAUUUGGACAUUCUAGAAACAUCCUUUAACACAAAAACUAGAAUCCAAACAAGGAAUGGCCAUGUAAGAUUUGUUUUUCUAAUUUUUUGCAGCAUGUAUUCUAUUACAUUAUGUUUUGUAUCUCGAUUUACAUGAUGAAUGAUAAAAUGACAGACUAUUUUGCUGUGGUUAGAGACAUUGUACAUCUGAUAUAAUAAAUAAAGAAUGACAUUUUUUUACCCACCCUUUUUAAAGCUAUAUAACAUUUCCAUUAACCACCACCUCCAUUAUUAUUUAACAUUUAUAGCACCCAUCCUCCCUCCCCCCCCCCCACCCCAAUAUCCAACCUUGAUAACAUUGGCACACAUUUUUUAAAGCAUUUGUAUUAAACAACUGUUACUAAUAACCAAAUGUUUAUUACACAUACACUCCUGCUAAACUUCUUUAUAAUAAAUAAAGAAUGACAUUUUUUUACCCACCCUUUUUAAAUCUAUAUAACAUUUCCCUUAACCACCCCCUCCAUUAUUAUUUAACAUUUAUAGCACCCAUCCUCCCCCCCCCCCCCCCACCCCAAUAUCCAACCUUGAUAACAUUGGCACACAUUUUUUAAAGCAUUUGUAUUAAACAACUGUUACUAAUAACCAAAUGUUUAUUACACAUACACUCCUGCUAAACUUCUGGAAAACUAUAGACUAUUUAGAUUAGAACUAAUAACUAACCAAUAAAGUAUUGCAAAAGUACUUAUAAAUAAUAAACUUUUCAAGAUUUAAAGUUUCAAAAAUGACAAUUAAUUUUUAAAAAUAAAAUAAAAAAGAGUUGUCAUAUAAAUUUGCUCUCUACCCCCUCUCCACCCCAUAUAAAGCAAAAUAACAAAAUGAUAAACCACCCCACCUCUUCACAUUAUAUAAUAUGUGCACAGUCCCUUACAAUUCACAGUGAGGUUGUUAUCCCAGAGAUGUGGGGAGAACUAGUACACACAGUUUUACAAAAAAUACUUAACUUCAACCCCUAGUUGCCAUAAUGGUUGUUUUCAUUCAUAAAUGCCCCUGGAUUCAAUUUAAAUCAAUUUUCAAGCAGGUAAACUCAUGCAGGCCUCCCAGCAAUGUGAAUUGCUUUAUCUCGACUCUUAGACUAGUCCUUUAGGGUCCCUUGAUGUGGCUUAUAUAACACUGACUGAAAAUAUGGCAAUGUCUUGGGGGCUCUGGCUGUGCCAAUCUUGACCUAUGAAUAAUCCAUUUUGGCUCAACCCGCUAGGGGCCUCCACCAGGGCUGUCUUAUUAAGGCCUAAAUAAAAAUAUUUUACGAAUUGAGAUCUUAUUAAUAUAUAUAUAUAUAUAUCAAUCAAAAUCGUAGUAUAUUUACAGUCUUGUAAUUUAUCAUCCCCAGGUGAAGAUUCAGCUUCCUCUGUCUGAAGCAUCCACUCAGACCGAUGAGUGUCUGCAGUCAGAAUAUUUGUUUCCAAAUCCUUUUUUCUAUGGGCCCAGUACAAUUAAUGAUCAACUCACUUCCACCAGUGAAGAGCUUCAGUCAGGGAUAAGUGCUGAGGACACCAUGAGUAGUGAACAUUCUCAGCAAGUUAAUGGCAAGACAGGAUUUGUCUCUGAAAAUUUCCAUUUUGUACCUGUCAAGAAGAAGUCUGUGCUCUCAAGUUACCUUAUUGCCUUGAGGCCUUGGUCUUUCACAGCUUCAUUCACCCCAGUGGCUCUUGGCAGCUGCCUAGCCUACAAGUCUCAAGGGGCCUUCAACAUUAGUGUUUUUUUCACAGCUGUAUUCAUAGCACUCUGUGUUCACGCAGCUGGCAAUCUGGUCAACACUUACUUUGAUUUCGUCAGAGGGGUGGACAAUAAAAAAAGUGACGAUAGAACUCUUGUGGAUAAUAUAUUACUUCCAAACGAUGUAGUUACCCUCGGUGUAUUCCUGUACAUUGCUGGGUGUGCAGGAUUUCUACUUCUGAAUGUCUUAUCUCCUGCUAAGCUGGAGCACCUAGCACUCAUUUAUUUUUGUGGUCUUUCUAGCAGUUUUUUCUACACCGGUGGUCUUGGGCUGAAAUACAUCGCUCUUGGAGACUUACUUAUUGUAUUGACGUUUGGGCCAGUCACUGUCGUAUUCGCCUACCUGAGCCAGACGGGCCAGCUGUCUCUUGUGCCUCUAAUCUACGCCAUUCCCCUCGCCCUCAACACAGAGGCCAUCCUUCAUUGUAACAACACACGGGACAUGGACAGCGAUCGUCUUGCUGGUGCCAUUACCUUGGCUAUUAUCCUUGGCAAAACUGGCUCCUACUGCCUGUUCUGCUUCCUGUUGUUUGCUCCAUACCUAUUGUUCGUAAUCAUUGGUGUCAAUUACUCCCCAUGGAUACUCCUGCCUGCUCUAUCCAUACUUCUGGUCUUCAAUUUGGAGAAAGAAUUUCGAAGAGGAGAGCUUUCAGGGAUGCCGCACAAAGUUGCACGUCUCAAUAUAGUAAUGGGAUCUCUGUACAUACUGGCUGUUUACAUGGCAGAUCCUGGAACUUUGCCCACCAUGACUCCUCUUGGUUCUUAUAGUACCGGUAUUUAUUAAUAUAGUAAUCAUUAUGACUCCUAAUAGUCCUAAUAGAGAUAAAUUAUAUUUGAUACAAAGUAUUAAUUAUAGAUAGAUGCCUAAUGAUGUAAAAAAUAAAAAAUAAAACUAAAUGUAGAACAUCAUGA